UCUCGACUCCGUACGCAGCUCCUUGACAUCGUACGCAGCUCCUUGAUGUCGUAAAUUACGUCACGCGUGAACUUUGCGCGUACUUACCGCGAACUCAGGGCGAACUUCACUUCCGUUUGGUCGCACUAGACGCAUGCAAUCGCAUGAUGGUGGGACAGGCCCUUAAGAAGGAACUGCAGGUGCUGGUUUAAACCGAAGAUAGACACAAAAAGCUGGAGUGACUCAGCGGGAUAGGCAGUCUCUGGAGAGAAGGAAUGGGUGACGCUUCGGGUCGAGACCCUUCUUCAGACUGAGUCGGGGAAAGGGAAACGAGAGAUAUAGACGGUGAUGUAGAGAGAUAAAGAACAAAUGAAUGAUAAAUUAUAAAAAGAACGAUGAUAAAGGAAGUAGGACAUUGUUAGCCGCGGCUCGGUGUCCGCUCGUGGCGAGUGAGGGGGAGCGCGCGGCCCAGGCGGGAUGCGCGAGGUGUUGUCGUUGCCAUGCCGCGCCGCUACUUCCGGUCAGCUGACAGCGCCGCCGGUUGGAAGGAGCGGAAGUGGAAGCGGCAGCUGGGGUAACGUCGGAGGCCUGAGUAACUGAGAGUGGUGUGAUGUCAUGGCAACUGCCAGUUCUAAUAUUGCUGGACGUGACCAAUCCUUGGAAAAAUCACAACUGAAUUUAAAAAUUUUAAAAGCCAAAUUGAAAGUCCCAAAACCAACAAGGAUUAGUUGCUACAUUGAAGUGACAGUGGAUGCUCUCCCUGACGAAACCAAGAAAACUGGAAAGCGGAAUGGAAACCUCCAUCCACAGUGGAACGAGACACUGACCUUGAAUGUAACACCACAAAGCCAAUUGGAGCUGAAAGUGUGGAAUAGUCAUACCUUAAAUAAUGAACUAUUUGGCAACGUUUCGAUCGAUGUCAGUGACAUUUUAAAGAAGAACAAUGGAAAGUUGGAGAAUAUUCAGCUGAAUUUGAACCUUCAAAUGGGGAACAAAAGUAGUGUUGUAUGCAGCGGUGAAUUGACUGUUUGCCUGGAUGGCCUUAAUGUUGACUUGGGAAAUUUGCCUAAUGGCACCAUCAUGUCAGAAAAAUUCCAGCAAAAUGGUAGAAUUCAUCAGAACACAAGUGAAGACGAUGAUUCAAAGCCUUUGCCGUCAUGUACCAGUGAUUCUCCCGGUAGAGUGCGGGCUUGCAGACAGAACACUGGUCCUGUUCAAGGGACUGUGGUAAUUGUGGAGAACACAGUGAAUGGGGCAGAUAAUAAUGCUGAUAGUAAACAAAAUCAUGUAUCCAGGAUACCUUCACAUGCUACAACUCAAAACCGAAUAGUGAAUGGUGAGAUUACUUCAAAUGAAAGUGACAAUGAGAACUGUAACGCUGCACCAAGUCAUGCAGCUCCACCAGCCAUUACACGUUCACCUGCUGCAGCACCUUCCCCGGCCCCAGCCCCAGCCUUCAGUUCUUCAACCACUGGCACCACUAGCUCGUCUGCUGUGGAACAGACGUCAGAAGAAGGUUCUGCCCUGACAGAACUGUCUCAGGCACUAGCCCAAAACUUGGAAGCGCUACCUCCUGGAUGGGAACAGCGAGUGCUUCCUUCUGGAAGAGUAUACUAUGUGGACCACAACACGAAAACGACUACAUGGGAGAGACCUCUGCCUCCGGGUUGGGAAAAGCGAGUAGAUCAACGUGGCAGAUUUUACUAUGUGGACCAUAACACGAGGACAACCACAUGGCAGCGUCCGACAGCUGAAUCUGUUCGAAACUUUGAGCAAUGGCAGUCCCAAAGAAAUCAAUUGCAAGGAGCUAUGCAACAUUUCAACCAAAGGUUUUUAUACCAACCAUCUGGAAUCUCGACUGACAAUGAUGCCCUCGGUCCUUUGCUUGCUGGCUGGGAGAAGCGCCAGGAUAAUGGACGAGUCUAUUAUGUUAACCACAAUACACGUACGACCCAGUGGGAGGAUCCAAGAACUCAAGGGAUGAUUCAAGAAUCCCCACUGCCUCCUGGCUGGGAGAUGAAAUACACAAAUGAAGGUGUUCGAUAUUUUGUGGACCAUAACUCUCGUUCCACCACCUUUAAAGAUCCUCGCACUGGAUUUGAUUCCACCUCUAGUGCAAGAAAUGGGUCUCCAGCAGCGUAUGAUCGAAGCUUUCGAUGGAAAUAUCACCAAUUCCGUUUCCUCUGCCAUUCUAAUGCAUUACCGAGUCAUGUCAAAAUCAGUGUCUCCAGACAGACGUUAUUUGAGGAUUCCUUUCAACAGAUAAUGAAUAUGAAGCCAUAUGACUUGCGCCGUCGAUUGUACAUAAUAAUGCGUGGAGAGGAGGGUUUGGAUUAUGGAGGUAUAGCAAGGGAGUGGUUUUUCCUGCUAUCCCAUGAGGUUCUCAAUCCAAUGUACUGCUUGUUUGAAUACGCUGGAAAGAACAACUACUGUUUGCAGAUAAACCCAGCUUCAUCAAUCAAUCCGGAUCACUUGACCUAUUUCCGUUUUAUUGGAAGGUUCAUAGCAAUGGCACUUUACCAUGGUAAAUUUAUUGAUACAGGAUUCACACUGCCAUUUUAUAAACGAAUGUUGAAUAAAAAUCCCACAAUGAAAGACUUGGAAUCCAUUGACCCAGAAUUCUACAAUUCACUGCUGUGGAUCAAGGAGAACAAUAUAGAAGAAUGUGGCUUGGAACUCUAUUUUGCACAGGAUAUGGAAAUAUUGGGGAAAGUAACAACCCAUGAGCUGAAGAAAGAUGGAGAAGAUAUUUUGGUCAUUGAAGAGAAUAAGGAGGAAUAUAUGAGGUUGCUGACAGACUGGAGAUUCACCCGUGGAGUUGAGGAACAAACCAAAGCUUUCUUAGAUGGUUUCAACGAGGUGGUACCUUUAGAAUGGCUACGGUAUUUUGAUGAAAAAGAGCUUGAGUUAAUGCUAUGUGGAAUGCAAGAAAUUGACCUGACUGAUUGGCAGAAGAAUACCAUCUAUCGCCAUUACACGAAGAACAGCAAGCCGAUCCAGUGGUUCUGGCAGGUUGUAAAAGAAAUGGACAAUGAGAAACGGAUCAGAUUAUUGCAGUUUGUCACUGGCACAUGUCGCCUGCCCGUUGGGGGCUUUGUAGAGUUAAUAGGGAGCAAUGGGCCACAAAAAUUCUGCAUCGACAAGGUUGGAAAAGAUAGUUGGCUUCCAAGAAGUCACACUUGCUUCAAUCGCCUGGACCUCCCCCCUUACAAAAGUUAUGAGCAACUAAAGGAGAAGUUACUGUUUGCCAUUGAAGAAACAGAAGGCUUUGGUCAAGAAUAAUAGGUUCAUUCAGCUGCAGGGAAGAAACAUUGAAUAAGGAAACCUUAUUAAACAUUCAGAAGACAGUGGCUACUAUGAACAACUUCUAGCUUAAGUUUGUUUCCAUAUGUCCCUUUAAUUGAUCUCUGUAUAAUAUAUUCUGUUUGUUUUUAGGAUUUAACUGGUUAAUUAAUAAUAAUAUAACAUUACUUUCAUGACUGAGAUACAUGUUCCUUUUUCUGAAUCCGUCAUAGGUAUAUUUUAAAUGAACUGCUACUGACUUAUUACCCAUUACACUUUCGACACUUAGUGUCAAAGCGACAAAGCUCGAUACGAUAAAACUUUAUUUAUCCCAGGAGGGAAAUUAAUUUGCCAACAGUCAUAGAAAACACAAAAUAUAUGAAACGUGAAAUUAAAGUGAGGAGUGAAAAGGCUUUUAGGAUGUGCAAAGAUUGAGGAGGUGCUAGGGGGAGGGGAGUCAGUCUCAGUCUACCCCACGACAGAAGGGGGAGGAGUUGUAAAGUUUGAUAGCCACAGGGAAGAAGAAUCUCCUGUAGCAUUCAGCUUCUUCCACCCAUGUAGAAAUGGGAAACCAGUUGCUGGUUUACAAGAAAAGAUACAAAGUGAAGAAGGUACCCUGACCCGAAAUGUCAAUCUGAUGAAGAGUCCUGACCCGAAACAUCAAUCUGAUGAAGAGUCACGAUCCGAAAUGUCACCUUGCCAUAUUCUUUAGAGAUUCUGCCUGAUCUGCUGAGUUACUCCAGCACUGUGUCUUUUUUUUUCUCUUCCACUCAUCUCUGGUUCUGGCAAACCAUUCAAGGUUUCCCAAGCUUUGUUUCAUGUAUUUCAGAGAAUUUCCACAUUCCCGCACAAUGCUGUCCUUCACUUUCACUUCAGGUAUCCAUCUUUAGCUGUUCUCGUGUGGAAUCACCUUCCACCUGAAGCACAUGGCUCAUCCAUUUCCAGUGCUCUUGAUGUUUAUGGUGCUUAUUUUGUCUUGACUGCACAGCAGAAUCUGGUCUCAGUUUGGGAUUGUUUUGGGCCAAGAGAUACAGAGGCAGGCUGUAUAAAGUGAAGUCUGGGCAUGUGAAGUUCUGCUAUUCCUCAGCGUUCUGGAAGAGAAGUGUCGACAGAUCUCAGGUUCUGUCUGGGUAUUAUAGUUUGAUGUUCUUCCAACUACAUGUAAGCUCCUGAAGGUAUUCUUGACUUGAUUUUGUUCUUGAUGUCUUGGCCUGUUCCACCAUCCUGACUGAUGGCACUGUUCAAGUGUAUGAAUGUUUCAGCAUUAGAGGUAACUUGAUUUUAUGUCAAUACUGAUGAUGGUGAAUCAAGAUGAAAGGUUAUAAUAUCUGUUACUCAGUUAAUUUUUGGUGUGAUUUGUUGGAUGAAUAUUGAGUAAUUGCUUUGUUCUUUCAUGUGUUAUCGGGUGUGUGAGAUGAUUUUGUAGGGUGUCUAUCUGUCUCUUGGGGUAUAUUCUGUCGUACACCAUGUUUCCCACAAGCAAAAUUGAAGAGAAUUGCAGACAUGUCAUUCCCUUGAUAUGCUGUAGUUUUGUCUUCAAAGCAGAUCAACGAUUCGUGUAAAGUUGGCUUAGAUACAUUUGAUAUUGAUUGUACAACGAAGGAUUCCUUAUUCUCGCAGAGUAUUCCAUGGUCUAAUCCUAUGAAUGGUGUUAGAGGUUUUCUCAAUGUCUGUGAAAUGUAUGUAGAGAGGCUGGUCCCAUUCUCUGCAUUGUUCUAUUACAUCUUGUACAUAAAGAUCUGGGCUGUGCUGCCAUCUCUUUCCAAAGAUGUUUUUCUGGGAAUGCGACCAGCUGCUUCUGAUGUGCUGGACUGGGAUCUUGCACAUUACUUGCUUGGCACAGAUGGAAGUGUAAGCUCAUGUCAGUUGAUGCCAAUAUUAAAUUCUUCCUUCUUUGAGUAUCUUCACUUUAAUCCCAUUGUUCCACUUAUCUGGUACCUUUUCUCUUUUCCAGACUGAUGUUUGAAUAGAGAGCUCAGUAUAGAUCAUGCUUACUCAGGAUUUAUUUUGAACAAUUCUGUCAUUAUCUUUAUCUGGAGCGUUCCCAUUUUUAAGAAUGCAUUCUCACAAGAUGGCCUUGUUUAUUGCAGAAGAGUGUAUUUGUUAAUGUAUGCUGUUUGCCACUGUUAGAGCAUUGUUACUUUAUAGAUGGUUUCUUGUUGGAUACACAAGCUGACCUGCCAUAGCAAGGCACAGGCACGAGAAAUGACUUUUUAUCUCUUUUAGUUGGUAUAAUAUAUAUUGUUGCAAUAAUAUUGUAAUUAUGUUUUCAUUCUAAGCAAGAACGAGUCCAUAGAGACCAAUUGGAUAAUGUCCACAUUAUAAAAAGGAAUUUGAAACUAACCAGGAUAUACAGAAAUAUAAUUUACCUCAAAAUGAAUGUAAAGCAUUUCUUGAGAAGAGAUAAUAAUUGCAAUUGUGAUUUUUCUAAAGGUUUUAGUCAUGUUGUAAAUAUGUUGUUAACGUAUGUUUAACUGAGACAAUACUCAAAAUAAAUUACAGGUUUGCAGUUUGCUUUGAUGCUAAAAGAUGAAUCAUGGAAACCAGCAGCAAAUAUUAUAUUUCUGACAGUGCUUAGAAAUGUUGUUUUAUGGCAUACUAAAGCAAUUAUCCAACAUUGUUGCCUUUUAAAAUAUAAAUAUAUAUAUUUCAAAUUUUAUUGUAGCAGUAGCAUGUAGAACUCAAUAGACAUUUUCUCUUAACAUUCAACUAAUUGAUUCAAAUGCUUUAUCACUUUUAUUUUCAGUAAUGUGUUGUGAUCCUUUUGUUAGAGGUGACGAUUAAUUUAAUAAACCUCAUCAUAACAUUAUCAGGCAAUGACAUUUUGAAUUAGUGGCUUUUCAAAAUUGUAAAUAGUAAAUACAGUGGCAAAACAAAAUUACUGAGAUCAAUUUAAGACAAAUCAUAUUUUAUUAAAGCCCUUGCUGUUUAGUCUUCAUUUCUAAUUGUAUGUCGUGUGAUGGCUGCAACAUCAAAAGGUAACUCUGAGUAAACUUUAUUCCUAAUUUCCGCAAACUUACUGUGUUUUAUGAAUAUAUUUUAAAAAAAUUAGCCAAUAAAUGACUGGCUUAGUUUUACCUUUUGGCUCAGCUCUGCUAGGUUGUUAACUUUGCACUCUGUAGUAAAGAAAUAUUCAGUAUUUUAAUUAAAUCUAUUGUAUAAUCAAAGAAUGCAGAACAAAAUCUCUUGUAAACGACUAUUUUUUUCAAAAUAGAGAAACUAUUGUGUAAAAUGUGUAUAUUUGUUUUCCUGGAAUAAUAGCAAAGAUCAUAAGUUUUAUGGAAGUUUUAAAUAAAUGUAAUUGUUGAUGUAUGUUCCAAAUAUGUGUUUAAUGUUUUGUGCUUUUGUAGCUAUGCAAAGAGUGGUGCAAGCGUCACUAUGCUGACACUGUACAUUAGUUAAUUUCUGACUUUCAGGAGGCAAUGAUUUCUGAUAAAAGAUUCACACAAUAUUCUAAGCUUGUGAAUUUCUGUUGUGAAUUAUGUUUGAAAUUUUAAACACCAAAUGUAAUACCGCUGAUUAUUUUUGAGUCAAAAUGAAUUGAUCAUUGAUAAAUAAUUCAAGCUUUUUAAAAAUAUAAAUAAUUGUUGAUUUGGAAGAUAAAUAAAAGUAAAAUAAAUUUUAGAGGAUGAAUUGCAGUUUUGUGUAAUAAAAAUGAAGAUUUUAACAUUG